AUGGCGUCUACAGCUGUCGUAAACUGUUCUGGCUUGCAGGUUGCAGAUAACUGCUUGUUUCUUCUUAAAAGCGAAGGUAAGUUUCUAACAUCCAAUUACUGUGCGUGUGCUUCAGUUAUGUCCUAUGUUUAUGACGUAAAUCGUUCUCUGUGCAGCGAAUUUGGUAUGAUUCUGUUUUGUAAUUAAUUUCCUCCAACAGAUCCAAUUAAGUUAAAAGCUUAUUCGUACGCUUUGCGGGAAUGGCAAACGUUGAAGUGCGCUAUGGGAAGUUAUUCCUUUAAUUAUCGUUCAACUGAUCUUCAUAUCCACACAAAGGUAAGUUCUUAUUAGGUUCAUCAAUGAGAACAUUAGUUAAUGUGCUUUGCAGUUUGCUCAUUUUGGGGUCAUACCCGGUGUAAUAUAAUUUAUUCGUUUGCUUUGUUUUAUGGAUUAUUUUCAGGGUUAGGUUCACUGUUAAGGAUGUUUUGUUUUUUGAGGGGUUUGCGUCAGCUGUGAGUAAUAAAUUAUAUUACACCAGAAAUGAGCCUCAUUUUACCUGUCAUCGAUCUCCUUCUUGACAUUUGCUGUUUGUUGUAAACUUGAUUCUGAAUCUUUCUAUGGUUUAGGUGUGGGGGUCUGGACCCCCUUAUUCGACCUGACAGUUGUUUUUGUGACUGAAAUUCGUACAUUGACAGGAUAGUAAUCAGUGAUUAAGUGGCUGAUUUUUUUUUAAUGAAACGCACAUUGUAUUUUCCCACUAAACUUAAUUCCAGGGAUGUUCGAAAAUGUAUUGUUAUUGUUUUUGGUUACCUUCUUAUGAUUUAUAACCUCAUUUGGGAAAACCUACACUAACUAUGUUUCCUUAAACGGUUAGAUUGUUGGCUUUCUGUUAAUUAUUCGUUAGAUGAUUCAAUGAAAAUAGUUAGAGGCAUUAGGCAAUUUGUUAGCAACUCAUCCGUGUCAGUUAGAGCGUUAGUUGUAUCCAACAGAGGCGUUAGUCCACUUGUUAGCAACUCGUGCAUAUCAGUUAGAGCGUUAGGUCAGGGAACUAAAGCGUCAAUGGAUGAUUCUAUUGCUAUGCUGAUCAAGGCUGAUGGCUUUAUUUUCAAAGAAUGAACUGGGCAUUGUCUACUGGCAAGAGUUUUUGUCAUCUUCAGAACAAGCUUUCUUCACAAGGGAAUGGUGUUGCCAUCCCCCCAGUUUCAGUUCUACCAUAAAAGAUCAACCCAGAAGGCUUUUAAAGCGAGGAACGUCGAAAGUACUUGUAUGGUGAAACAAGACAGUUGCACCAGUUCCAUCAUCAGUGAACUUUAUCAGCUCUAUGAUAUGACUGUAGAUGUAACUUUUCAUAAUUCAAUCCCACACUGUAAGAGAAUUAGGAUUAUUAUUGCAGUUAUUGUGUAUACACCAUUCGUACUUACUUAUGUAAUAAAACAAUGAAGUUCUACUGAAUAAUUUUUUGGGAUAUUUUCUGUUGUUCUUUUAGCAGUUAUGUUCAGUUAACUAAACUAAGCUAUUGCCCUAUUGCAAGUUCUGAUAGUUCUAGGGUGAAAGGAAAAUUUAUAGGCAUCGUUCAGUGUGGUGCACAAUUAGGAGAUCUCAAAGCUCUUUUAUUGCGAGAUAAUUCAGUUCGUAGGGAAAUACGAACAAGCCCUUUAUAGAUCUUGUAAAACAUGAACACUUGGUUGAUCAAUUUUGGGUAAUCGAGCUCGAACUUUUGAGUUUGAUUGAGUUUGCGAGCAUAAUUGAACAAUACUCUUCAUGAGUUCAAUUAUCAAAUCAAUCAAACUUUAUUGAACUUAUCGAACAUGGUCCAGCUCAAAAACCAUUGGAUUAAGUUCGGUAAUUGAACAAAAUUAAACUGUCUUGUUGUAAUACUCCAACUAACGAAACAAUCAAACUUAAUGAAAGGACUGAAAAUAACACAGAGGUCAAUCGAACUCCUUCGGCCAUUUAGCAUUUUUAUUUAGAAAGGGCUAGCAAAUUUAGCAUGGGUGGCUCUGACCCGACAACUUGAAAGUCGAUCGGUAUCAAAACAGACGGCUGAGGCAAGAAUUUCAUCCUUAAAUAAUGGAAAUAAUGCGUUGGAUCGAAACCCACCAACCACAAAUUAAAGAAAAUAACCAACACGUAACACAACCAAUGAAGUACCUGGGAGUAUAAUUCACUGUCAACAAAGGAAGUGCAGUAGCCAAUGCAUUUCGGUAAUUUUUGAUCCUCCGCUUAUAAUAGCAAUCCACGCAAACAGAAUAAAAGGUCUCACCCAUAAGAUGAAAUUUCAUUUCUAUUCAUUUUCUAGAUUACAAUGGCUCUCCGAAAAUUGUUGCGCGAGACAAACUUACUGUCAGAAGCUCUCUUCUUCUAUCCUGAAGAAAAUAUGACUGGAAUUGGCCCUGCAAAAAUUAUCUUGCAAAAAUUAACGUUGUUAUUGGAGGGACUGUUAACUAGCGAGGAAAAGGAGUGGAAGCUGAAAUCAUCACCUUAAGUGGUAAGUAAAGUAAUUAACUGUUAACUGUGUUUUUCUGUUGCAAGGUUUGCCCUUCUACCAGAUAUCUCGACUUACCAUGUUUUUGUUCUUUUCUUGUUGUACCAAGUACUGAUGAACUAAAUGAGAAGGAUCUGUUUUGGUCAAAAAAGAAUCUUGAAGAAACUACUCAAGUUGAUUCCGUCAGUGCACCAAACGGACCUCCAAAGAAGAGAUCACGAUUGGUGAGUUUGGUUAAUCUGUAUCAUCAAUAUUACCAGUUUUGUUUGGUUAUGUGAUAUAUGACCUUCUAUUUAGUGAUGUUACUAUUUAGAAAUUACUAAUGCUAACUGAAGAUCGUGCUUAAAUUUAGUAGUCCGACUCAAAUAUUAAAGCGUUAACUUGGCACUGCCUUUAAGCGGUCACAAAGUCAUUUCAGGAGAAAAACUGAGGAAAAAUUGGCAAAGUUUUUAUUUCAGGAGAAAAGCUGAAGUGGUGGAUUUGCAAGGAGGAGGUAAAAAAGGGUGCAAAAAGACAAAGGACACGGUCAAAAACAGAGCCACCAUCUAGAACUCCAAUAGUAGUAGGCACAAAUGUGCUGAAGUGGUGGACUUUUUUGCAUUGAGAAGGAUAAAGGAAAAUUUAUUGUUUCAUAUUUAAACAUCAUGUGAAAACUCUACAUGUUUUCGGCCAAAAAAAUUUGAGGUUUGAUUUUAAGUAUUUGCUUGGAUCAUGGUCUUCCUUGAAAAGCGUUUUUCUGUCAUAAGUACAGUUCGUUAAAGCUGUUUUUAGUCAAUGAUUGCAGUCCAAGUAAAGAAGUGUUUUCACACUUUGUUAAUGAAUUGGAAUCAUCUCUUAUUUCAAAUUUUCCAUUUUUGCGUAAUAAUUGCACGUACUGGAUUAUGGUAAGCCAAGCUGCUUUGCUGAUUUUACUUAACUUGAAAAUUUUAUUACCAUUAAGUUUUGUUCACUGAAAAACUUUGGAUCGCUUUCUUUCAGGAGAAAACUAACUCUAAUGCGUCAGCAAAGACCAAUGAUAGCUCCGCAACGCCAUUAUCUGCACAGGUAAUUCUGUAGUAACUAUUUUUAACAACUUGUAGUUAUGAAGGUUUGGCUUAUAAAAAAGAAUUUCAUCCAUGUGCAUUUAUAUUGGCUGCAUUGCGGCUGGCCCACAGAAGGGUUAUGGUGUCUGUAAUGCAGGCUACAUUUUUUACCCUUACUCAAAAGAAGUAUAAUAUUUUGAUUCUGUUUUAAAAUAACUUCAUUUGUCCAGCAAAUUUGAACAGCAGUUGUUUCGCAAAUAUGCAAGCAUUUAGUUUUAAACGUCUGAAGUCAGUUGGUCUGAAAGUCUAGAAGUAAGUUCCCGAGCGCCUACAAUUUGUAGAUAUUUAAAGUAGGUUUUAGUGCAGGCAACUUUUUGUUUUUCACUUCUAUUAACUACGUGAACGUCUUACAUGUACGCUUUAACUGAAACGUUUGCAAAAUUUUGUUAUGAUUGUGUUUAAAUCACGGUAACUGAAACUGAUACUCCAUUUUUUUAUUUUCUUCUUUAGAAAGAUCACUUUGCAGGAGACCGAUACAAAGAAUUCUUAAAGGAAGAAAGAAAGAGGGAAGAAGACCUGGCAGCUAAAGGUAAAAGCGCAACCAAGAAAUUGAAUUUUCCUGAUUCUUCCCACGAUGUCAUCAUGAAAAAAAUUGAUUCUCCAGACAACGUCAGCCUGAUUAAAAAGCAGCUUGAGGCACAAACAAGAGAGCAUGGUUUUCUAAAGAAUCAGAUUCCAGAUCACGAGCAAUUCUUAAAGGUAAGCACAAAGCAAUGUAGUUUCUUUAUUCUCCGUCAAGAAUCAGGUUGCAGUGGCUACCAAAUAAUAGCAACACACUCCCUCAAAAAGCUCUUUCUUUCAGUCUUCUUUUCUAGUUUUUGUGGACUUGUUUUUUGUUGCGCUUCUCUCAUUGUUUCUGCCUGAAGAGUGAAGACUUUGGACAGUUUUUUUUUGCAGAAUGGGGCAAUUUGAAUUUCCCUGACAUUAAUGAUACUUUGCUGUCAACUUUGUAAGUUUGAAAAUCAAAGGAAAGAAAGGCAUAAUUUUAACAACAGUAUUAAAAUGCAGUUUUUAUCGCUGCUGGAAGUGUGCUGUGCCUACAUUUAUUCAUGUAUUUAUUUUGACUUAAGAUGAUGGACAGAUUCAAAGAUUCUCUUGUCUCAUUGGGGGAGACGUUGGGGCACAGAUUGUCACAGAUCAAACAAUGGCUAGAAUAUUUAGAGACUGUGGUAAGUUGAAUCAUAAUAAUAACCUUUAUUUAUCCAUCUUUUAAAAAUAUAUGCAAUGGAUUUACAAUACUAUAAAAUGCUAUCAAGUGAUUACUCUAAUAAAAAAGUAAGAAAAGUAGGUAAGUAAGUAAGUCCAAGUAAGUAAGUAAAAAUAACAGGUCAUUAAAGAAGUCUAGCAGCUCUUGCUAUAAAUGAAUUUGCAUGUCGUUGCGUCCCUGACUGUGGUAUUGCUACUGAACCUGGUUUGGAUCUUAAGUUAUAGCCGUGGCUGGUAUUUAGCUUAGUGAGAAAAAUUUGAUUUGGGUGGUUAAUAUAAUUCACAAUUCUUACUAAUUCACGCUUUGUUGCUACAUUGCACCUGUCCUCUAGUGUUGGAAGGAAUGUUCUUGGUAUCCUGAUGAUAUCUACACACCUGUUUUGUAAAGACUGCAACUCUUCUUCAAGGUGCUUUGGCAAGCCGCCCCACAGUGGGGAGGCAUAUUCGAGAAGUGGGCGUUUUCUGGUACAAUAAUAUAUCCUGAUGCUGAUCUCUGUAGGUAGGUUUGCUUUCAUACAUUCCCUCAAAAAAUACAAUCUCUUGCUGGUUUUCUUUACAGUCAGUUCAACACGGUAAUUCCAACAUAGGUUGUCUUGUUGCCAUACCCCCAGUAGCUUAAACUUGCAUACCCUCUCUCUUACAACCAGGGGUCUUAGAACCAGGGGUUCUUACAAUCGGGGGUCUUACAAACCGGGGUUCUUACAACCAGAAGCCUUAGAACCAGUGGUUUUUACAAUCGGGGGUCUUAACACUAAGGGUUCUUACAACCAUGGGUCUUACAACCAGGGGUCUUAGAACCAGGGGUUCGUACAACCGGGGUCUUAAACCAGGGGUCUUACAUCCAGGGGUUCUUACAACCAGUGGUUCGUACAACUGGGGGUUCAAGGGUUCCGACAAUUAGGGGUCUUACAACCAGGAGUUCUUAUAACCAUAGGUCUUACAACCAGGAGUUCUUAUAACCAGAGGUCUUACAACCAGGGAUCUUACAACCAGAGCAUCUUAGGACCAGGGGGGGUUCUUAUAACCGGGGGUCUCAAAACUAAGGGUUCCGACAAUUAGGGGUCUUAAAACCAGGAGUUCUUAUAACCAGAGGUCUUACAACCAGGAGUUCUUAUAACCAGAGGUUCUUACAACCAGGGGUCUUACAACCAGAGCGUCUUAGGGGACAUACCGUCUGUCUGACAGCGUGCUGUUCUUAAAACCAGGGUCUUUCAACCAGGGGGUUCUUGGGGUCUUACAACCAGGUUUUCUUACAACUGGGGUCUUACAACCAGGGGUUCUUACAACUAAAAGUCUUAUGACCAGGGUUCUUUUCAACCGGGGGUCUCACAACUAGGGGUUCCGACAAUUAGAGGUCUUACCACCAGGGGUCCUUAUAACCAGCAGUCUUACAACCAGGGGUUCUUACAACCAGGGGUCUUACAACCAAGGGUUCUUACAACCGGGGGUCUUUUAACCUGAGGUUCUUACAACCUUGGGUCUUACAACAAGGGGUUCUUACAACCAUGGGUCUUAGAACCGGGGGUCUUACAACCAAGGGUUCUUAAAGGCGGGGGUCUUACAACCAGUGGUUCUUACAACAAGGGGUUCUUACAAGCUUGGGUUUUUAAAACCAGGGGUCUUAGAACCAGGGGUUCUUACUACCGGGGGUGUUACAACUAGUGGCUCUUACAACCAUCAGUGUUACAACCAGGGGUUCUUACUACUGGGGGUCUUACAACCAGGGGUCUUACAAGCAGGGGUUCUUAAAACCAGGGGUCUUACAACCAGCGGUUCUUACAACCAGGGUUUCUUCCAACCAGGUGUUCUUACAACCGGGGGUCUUACAAGCAGGGGUUCUUACAACCAGGGUUUCUUACAAGCAGCGGUCUUACAAGUAGGGGUUCUUACAACCAGUGGUUCUUGCAACCGGAGGUCUUACAACCAGGGGUUCUUACAACAAGGGGUCUUACAACCAGGGGUUCUUGUUACUGGGGGUCUUACAACCAGGGGUUCUUGCAACCAGGGGUCUUACAAUCAGGGGUCCUUACAACCGGAGGUGUUACAACCAGGGGUUCUUACAACCAGUGGUCUUACUCUUUAACCAGGGGUUUUUACAAUCAGGGGUCCUUAGAACAAAAGCGUUUACGACCAGGGUGUUACAAGCAGGGGUUUUGUGCGAUUAGGGGUUCUUACAACCAGGGGUCUCACAACCAGGGGUUCCGACAAUUAGGGGUCUUACAACCAAGGGUUCUUACAACCAGGGGUUCUUACAACCAGUGGUCUUAGAAGUAGGAGUUCUUACAUCCAGCUGUCUUACAACUAGGGGUUCUUACAACCAGGGGUCUUACAACUAGGGGUUCUUACAACCAGGGGUCUUAAAACCAGGGGUCCUUACAACCAGGGUUCUUACAACAGAGGGUUUUAGAAGCAGGGGUUCUUACAUCCGGGGGUCUUACAACCAGAGUAUCUUACAUCCAGGGCUGUUAGAAGCAGGUGUUCUUACAGCCAAGGUUUCUCACAACUGUUGAAGGAAGGAUUCAUUUUAAGAUUCUUCUUAUCACAUAAAAGAUCUUAAAUGGACAAUCUGCUGGAUAUCUGGAACUGCUGAUUAAUGAUUAUCAUCCAUCAAGAGCUCUAUGAUCGUCAUCCCUUUCGCUAUUAUGAAUCCCAGCCAUAAAAUCCAAAACACUGCAGCACCUCAGUUAUGGAACACUACCCUAGAAUAUGAAAAAUGCGGACAGUGAUACAACAUUUAAAACAAAACUUAAAACAUUUCCAUUCAGGAAAUGUUUCAAUUGAUUCUCGUACUUAACAUUUUAGUUUUUUUAAAAGUUUUACAAUACUUGAUUAUUGAUUUUCAUGCCUUACAUUUUAGGAUUUUUAAGUUUUGCAAGUUGGUUUUUUAAAGUUUUUGCAAACAUAACAUUUUGGUUUUUUUUUUUAAAUUUUACAAUACUUGAUGUAUAAUGUUACAAUUGAUUUUCAUGCUUAACGUGUUAGGAUUUUUAAAGUUUUACAAUACUUGAUGUAUAAUGUCACAAUAGGCUAGAAAUGUAAUGAUCUUCAAUCGGCUUUCAUAAUGUAAAGCGCAUUGAAAAUAGAAAUGCGCUUAAUAAGAAUCUAUAUUAUUAUUAUUAUUUAACUAGAAAACUAGAAGGUGUUCUUACAACCAGGGGUCUUACAAGAGGGUCUUACAACCACGGGUUCUUAAAACCGGGGUCUUACAAUUAGGGGUUCCUACAAAGGGUUUCUUACAGGCAGGUCUUAGAACAACGGCAGGUGUCCACAACCUUUUCAACAAUUAGGGUCUUAAAGCCAGGGUUCUUACAACCAGCGGUCAGGGGUCUUAGAACCAGGGUUCUUACAGUCGGGGUCUUAGAACUAGGGGUCCUUACAACCAGGGGCUCUUUCAACCAGUUGUUCUUACAACAUGGUGUCUUAGAAGCAGGGUUUUUUUUAGGGCUUUUACAACAGGGGGUCUUACAACCAGGGUUCUUACAACCAGGGUUCUUACAACCAGCGGUUUUUACAACCAGGGUUUCUUAUAACCAUGGGUCUUACAACCAAGGGUUCUUACAAUCAGGGGUCUUACAACAAGUUGUUCUUACAACUAAGGGGUUCUUACAACUAAAGGUUCUUACAACCAGGUUUUCUUACAACCAGGGGUUCUUACAACCAGGGUUUUCUUACGAUCGGGGUCUUACAACCAAGGUUCAGGGUUACAAUCAGGGGUUUUACAACAAGGGGUUCUUACAACCGGGGUUCUUACAACCAUUGGUUCAGGAGUUGUUACAGGGCUUUUAGAACCAAGGGUUCUCUACAACGAGGGGUCUUAAAACCAGGGGUUUUUACAACCAGGUGUUUUUACAACUGGGGUUCUUACAAGCAGGGGUUGGUACAACCAGGAGUUGUUACAACGGGGGGUUUUACCACCUGGGGUUCUUACAACAAGGGGUUCUUGCAACCAGGGGUUCUUUCAACUGAGGGUCUUAGAACCAGGGGUUCGUACAACCGGGGGUCUUACAACCAGGGGUCUUAGAUGCAGGGGUUCUUACAACCAGUGGCUCGUACAACUGGGGGUCUUACAACCAGAGGUUCUUACAACCAGCGGUUUAAGGGUUCCGACAAUUAGGGGUGUUACAACCAGGAGUUCUUAUAACCAGUGGUCUUACAACCAGGGUUCUUAGAAGCAGAGAGUCUUAGGACCAGGGGUUCUUACAACCAGAGGUCCUAGAAACAGGGGUUCUUACAACUGGGGGUCUUAGAAUGAGGGGUUCUUACAACCAGGGGUCUUUCAACUAAUGGUUCUUACAACCAGUGGUCUUACAACUAGGGGUUCUUACAACCAGGGUUUCCUACAACCGGGGGUUCAUACAACCGGGGGUUCAUACAACCGGGGUUCUUACAACCAGGGGUCUUAGAAGCAGAGGUUCUUACAACCAGUGGUCUUACAACUAGGAGUUCUCACAACCAGGGGUCUUACAACCAGGGGUUCCUACAACCAGGGAUUCUUACAACCGGGGAUCUUACAAUCAGGGAUCCUUACAACCAGGGGUCUUACAAGUAAUGGUUCUUUCAACCAGAGGUCUUACAACCAGGUUUUCUUACAACUUGGGGACUUACAACCAGGGGUUCUUACAACUAACAGUCUUAUGACCAGGGGUUCUUAUAACCGGGGGUCUCACAACUAGGGGUUCCGACAAUUAGGGGUCUUACUACCAGGAGUUCUUAUAACCAGCAGUCUUACAACCAGGGGUCUUAGAACCAGAGGGUCUUAGAACCACCGUUGGUGUUACAACUAGGGGUUCUUACAACCGUCUGUCUGACAACCUGUGGUUCUUAAAACCAGGGGUCUUUCAACCAAGGGGUCUUACAACCAGGGCUCUUACAACCAGGGGUCUUUCAACCAGGUUUUCUUACAACUGGGGGGCUUACAACCAGGGGUUCUUACAACUAAAAGUCUUACGACCAAUAGUUCUUUCAACCGGGGGUCUCACAACUAGGGGUUCCGACAAGUCUUACCACCAGGGGUUCUUAUAACCAGCAGUCUUAAAACCAGGGGUUCCUACAACCAGGGGUCUUCAAACCAGGGGUUCUUACAACCGGGGCUCUUUUAACCUGGGGUUCUUACAACCUUGGGUCUUACAACAAGGAUUUCUUACAACCACAGGUCUUAGAACCGGGGGUCUUACAACAAGGGGUUCUUACAACCUUGGUUCUUCCAACCAGGGGUUCUUACAAGUGGGGGUCUUACAACCAGGGGUUCUUACAACCAGGGGUCUUACAACAAGGGGUUCUUACAACCUUGGGUCCUUAAAACCAGGGGUUCUUACUGCCGGGGGUGUUACAAGUAGUGGCUCUUACAACCAUCAGUCUUACAACCAGGGGUCUUAUAACCAGGGGUUCUUACAACCAGGGGUCUUACAAGCAGCGGUUCCUAAAAUCGGGGGUCUCACAACCAGCAGUUCUUACAACCAGGGUUUCUUACAACCAGGGCUCUUACAACUACGGGUUCUUCCAACCAGGUGUUUUUACAACCAGGGAUCUUACAAUCAGGGGUUCUUACAACCGGAGGUCUUACAACCAGGGGUUCUUACAACAAGGGGUCUUACAACCAGGGGUUCUUGUAACUGGGGUUCUUACAACCAGGGGUUCUUACAACAACUGGUCUUACAACCAGGGGUUCUUACAAGGAGAGGUCUUACAACCAGGGGUUUUUACAACCAUGGCUCUGACAAGCAGGGGUUCUUACGACCGGGGGUCUUACAACCAGGGGUUCUUACAACCAGGGCUCUUACAACCAUUGGUUCUUGCAAGCAGGGGUCUUACAAUGAGGGUCCUUACAACCGGAGGUCUUACAACUAGGGGUUCUUUCAAUCAGUGGUCUUAUAACCAGGGGUUUUUACAAUCAGGGGUUCUUAGAACGAAGGGGUUUAGAACCAGGAUGUUACAAGCAGGGGUCUUGUGGGAUUCGGGGUUCUUACAACCAGGGGUCCCACAACCAGGGGUUCCGACAAUUAGGGGUCUUACAACCAAGGGUUCUUACGACCAGCGGUCUUACAACCAGGGGUCUUAGAAGCAGGAGUUCUUACAUCCAGCUGUCUUACAACUAGGUGUUCUUACAACCAGGGGUGUUACAACUAGAGGUUCUUACAACUAGGGGUCUUAAAACCAGGGGUUCUUACAACAGAGAGCUUUAGAAGCAGGGGUUUUUAUAAACAGGGGUUCUUACAACCGGGGGUCUUACAACCAGGGUAUCUUACAUCCAGGGCUCUUAGAAGCAGGAGUUGUUACAACCAGGGGUUCUUACAACCAGGGGUUCUUACAACCAAGGUUUCUCACAACUGUUGAAGCAAGGAUUCAUUUUAAGAUUCUUCUUAUCACAUAUAAGAUCUUAAAUGGACAAUCUGCUGGAUAUCUGGAACCUCUGAUUAAGGAUUAUCAUCCAUCAAGAGCUCUACGAUCAUCAUCCCGCUCGCUAUUAUGAAUGCCAGCCAUAAAAUCCAAAACACUGCAGCACCUCAGUUAUGGAACACUACCCCAGAAUAUAUAAAAAAUGUGGACAGUGAUACAACAUUUAAAACAAAACUUAAAACAUUUCCAUUCAGGAAAUGUUUCAAUUGAUUCUCAUACUUAACAUUUUAGUUUUUUUAAAGAGUUUUACAAUACUUGAUUAUUGAUUUUCAUGCGUUACAUUUUAGGAUUUUUAAGUUUUGCAAGUUGGUUUUUUACAGUGUUUGCAAACAUAACAUUUUGGUUUUUUUUUUAAAAUUUUACAAUACUUGAUGUAUAAUGUUACAAUUGAUUUUCAUCCUUAACGUGUUAGGAUUUUUAAAGUUUUACAAUACUGGAUGUAUAAUGUCACAAUAGGCUAGAAAUGUAAUGAUCUUCAAUCGGCUUUCAUAAUGUAAAGUGCAUUGAGGAUAGAAAUGCGCUUAAUAAGAAUCUAUGUUAUUAUUAUUAUUUAACUAGAGGUCUUACAACUAGGGGUUCUUUCAACCAGGUGUUCUUACAACUGGGGGUCUUACAAGCAGAGGUCUUACAACUAGGGGUUCUUAAAACCGGGGGUCUUACAAUCAGGGGUUCCUACAACCAGGGUUUCUUACAGGCAGCGGUUUUACAACUAGGGGUUCUUACAAGCAGGGAUUCUUACAACCGCAGGUCUCACAACCAUGGGUUCCGACAAUUAGGGGUCUUACAGCCAGGGGUUCUUACAACCAGCGGUCUUACAACCAGUCUUAGAAUCAGGGGUCUUAGAACCAGGAGUUCUUACAGUCGGGGGUCUUAGAACUAGGGGUUCUUACAACCAGGGGUCUUAAAACCAGCGCUCUUUCAACCAGUUGUUCUUACAACAUGGUGUCUUAGAAGCAGGGGUUUUUAUAAACAGGGCUUCUUACAACCGGGGGUCUUACAGCCAGGGGUUCUUACAACCAGGGGUCUUACAACCAGGGGUUCUUACAACUGGAGGUCUUACAACCAAGGGUUCUUACAACCUUGGGUCUUACAACAAGUUGUUCUUACAACCGGGUGUCUUACAACUAAAGGUUCUUACAACCAGGUUUCCUUACUACCAGUGGUUCUUACAACAAGGAGUUCUUUCCACCAGGGGUUCUUACAACCAGGGGUCUUACAAGCAGGGGUUCUUACAAUCAGGGGUUUUACAAAAAGGGGUUCUUACAACCUGGUUGUUACAGCCAUUGGUUCUUACAACCAGGGCUUUUAGAACCGAGGGUUCUUACAACGAGGGGUGGUAGAACUAGGGGUUCGUACAACGAUGGGUCUUACAACCAGGGGUUCCUACAACGAGGGUUUCUCACAACCAGGGGUCUUACAAGUAGGGGUUCUUACAACCAGGUGUUUUUACAACUGGGGUCUUUACAAGCAGGGGUUGGUGCAACCACGAGUUGUUACAACUGGGGGUUUUACCACCUGGGGUUCUUACAACAAGGAGUACUUACAACCAGGGGUUCUUUGAACUGAGGGUCUUAGAACCAGGGGUUCAUACAACCAAGGGUUCUUAUUACCAAGGGUCUUGCAACCAAGGGUGUUACAACCAGGGUUCUUACAACCAGGGGUUUGUACAACAAGGGGUUCCUACAACUGGGGGUCUUACAACCAGGGGUCUCACAAUUAGGGGUUCUUACAUCCAAGGGUGUUACAAGAGGGGUUUUAGAACCAGGGGUUUUUACAAACAGGGGAUGUUACAACUGAGGGUCUUACAACCAGGGUUUCUUACAAGUGGGUGUAGUACAAUUAGGGUUCUUAUAACCUGGGGACUUAGAACCCGGGGUCUUACAACCAGGGGUCUUACAACCAGGGGUUCUUACAACCGGGGGUGUUACAACCAGGGGUCUUACAACCACGGGUUUGUAUAAGCAGGGGUUCUUAGAACCAGGGGUCUUACAAGCAGGAGUUUUUAUAACCAGGGUCUUACAACCAGGUUUUCUUACAACCAGGGUACUUACAACCAGGGGUUCUUACAAGCAAGGGUCUGACAACCAGGGAUUCUUACAACCGGGGGUGUUACAACCAGGCGCUCUUAUAAUUAGGUGUCUUACAACCAGGGGUUCUUACAGCCAAGGCUUUUACAACCAGUGGUCUUACAUCCAGGGGUUCUUACAACCAUUGUUUCCUGCGACCAUGUGUCUUACAAUCAGAGGGUUUUACAACCAGAGGUCUUACAAUUAGGGGUUCUUACAACCAGGGGUCUUAAAAUCAGAGGUUCUUACAACCAGAGGUCUUACAAUUAGGGGUUCUUACAACCAGGGGUCUUAAAAUCAGAGGUUCUUACAACCAGAGGUCUUACAAUUAGGGGUUCUUACAACCAGGGGUCUUAAAAUCAGAGGUUCUUACAACCAGAGGUCUUACAAUUAGAGGUUCUUACAAUAAUCUGCUGUUACCUUAAGGGGUUCUUUAAACCGGGGGUCUUAGAACCAUGGGUUCUUACACCCAGGGGGUCUUACAACAAUCGGUUUUUACAACAGGGGUUUUUAUGACAAGGGGUUCUUACAACCAGGGGUUCCGACAGUUAGGGGUCUGACAAGCAGGGGUUCCUACAACCGGGGGUCUUACAACAAGGGUUCCUUACAACCAGGGGUCUUACAACCAGGGCUUGUUACAACCAGGGGUCUUAAAAGCAGGGGUUCUUACAUCUGGGGGUCUUAGAACUAGGGGUUUUUACAACCAGGGGUCUUAAAACCAAAGGCUCUUUAUCAACCAGGGGUUCUUACAACCGGAGGUCUUAGAAGCAGAGGUUUUUAAAACCAGCGGUUCUUUACAACCGGGCGUCUUACAACCAGGGGUUGUUACAACAGUACUGGGGGUCUUACAACCAGGGGUUCUUACAACCGGGUGUCUUACAACCAGGGUUCUUACAACCGGGUGUCUUAAAACCAGGGGUUCUUAUCACGAGAGCUGACAUGGUGGAUUUGAUUAUGGUGAGGUAAAUAUUGUAACUCUACAUUUCCAAAAUUUGAAGUUUGAUUUUGAGUAUUUGCUUGGAUCAUGGUCUUCCUUGAAUAGGGUUUUUCUGUCAUAAGUGCAGUUCCUUAAAGCUGUUUUUAGUCAAUGAUUGCAGUCCAAGUAAAGAAGUGUUUUCACACUUUGUUAAUGAAUUAGAAUCAUCUCUUAUUUCAAAUUUUCCAUUUUUGCAUUAUAAUUUCACGUAGUUGAUUAUGGUAAGCCAAGCUGCUUUGCUGAUUUUACUUAACUUGAAAAUUUUAUAACCAUUAAGCUUUGUUCACUGAAAAACUUUGGAUCGCUUUCUUUCAGGAGAAAACUAACUCUAAUGCGUCAGCAAAGACCAAUGAUAGCUCCGCAACGCCAUUAUCUGCACAGGUAAUUCUGUGUAGUAACUAUUUUUAACAACUUGUAGUUAUGAAGGUUUGGCCUAUAAAAGAGAAUUUCAUCCAUGUGCAUUUAUAUUGGCUGCAUUGCAGCCGGCCCACAGAAGGUUUAUGGUGUCUGUAAUGCAGGCCACAUUUAUACCCUCACUCAAAAGAAGUAUAAUAUUUUGAUUCUGUUUUAAAAUAACUUCAUUUCUCCAGCAAAUUUGAACAUCAGUCGUUUGGCGAAUAUGCAAGUAUUUAGUUUUUAACGUCUGCAGUCAGUUGGUCUGAACGUCUAGUAGUAACUUCCCGAGCGCCUACAAUUUGUAGAUAUUUAAAGUAGGUUUUAGUGCAGGCAACUUUUGUUUUUCACUUCUAUGAACUACGUGAACGUCUUACAUGUAUGCUUUAACUGAAACGUUUGUAAAAUUUUGUUAUGAUCAUGUUUAAAUCGCGGUAACUGAAACUGAUACUCCAUUUUUUUAUUUUGUUCUUUAGAAAGAUCACUUUGCAGGAGACCGAUACAAAGAAUUCUUAAAGGAACAAAGAAAGAGGGAAGAAGACCUGGCAGCUAAACGUAAAAGUGCAACCAAGAAACUGAAUUUUCCUGAUUCUUCCCACGAUGUCAUCAUGAAAAAGAUUGAUUCUCCAGACAACAUCAGCCUGAUAAAAAAGCAGCUUGAGGCACAAACAAGAGAGCAUAAUCUUCUAAAGAAUCAGAUCCCAGAUCACGAGCAAUUCUUAAAGGUAAGCACAAAGCAAUGUAGUUUCUUUAUUCUCUGUCAAGAAUCAGGUUGCAGUGGCUACCAAAAUAAUAAUAGCAACAGGCCCCCUCAAAAUGUUCUUUCUUUCAGUCUUCUUUUUUAGUUUUUGUGGACUUGUUUUUUGUUGCGCUUCUGUCAUAGUUUGUGGUUGAAGAGCGAAGACUUUGGACAGUUUUUUUUUGCAGAAUGGGGCGAUUUGAAUUUCCCUGACAUUAAUGAUACUUUGCUGUCAACUUUGUAAGUUUGAAAAUCUAAGGAAAGAAAGGCAUAAUUUUAAGAACAGUAUUAAAUCCACUUUGUAUCGCUGCUGGAAGUGUGCUGUGCCUACAUUUAUUCAUGUAUUUAUUUUGACUUAAGAUGAUGGACAGAUUCGAAGAUUCUCUUUUCUCAUUGGGGGAGACGUUGGGGCACAGAUUGUCACAGAUCAAACAAUGGCUGGAAUAUUUAGAGACUGUGGUAAGUUGAAUAAUAAUAAUAACCUUUAUUUAUCCAUCUUUUAAAAAUAUAUACAAUGGAUUUACAAUACUAUAAAAUGCUAUCAAGUGAUUAUUCUAAUAAAAAAGUAGGUAAGUAAGUCAGUAAGUAAACAUAACAGGUCAUUAUAAAUAAGUCUUGCAGCUCUUGCUAUAAAUGAAUUUGCAUGUCUUUGCGUCCCUGACUGUGGUAUUGCUACUGAGUGAACCUGGUUUGGAUCUUAAGUUAUAGCGGUGGCUGGUAUUUGGCUUAGUGAGAAAAAUUUGAUUUGGGUGGUUAAUAUAAUUUACAACUCUUUCUAAUUCACGUUUUGUUGCUAUGUUGCACCUGUCCUCUAGUAUCUUGGUAUCCCGAUGAUAUCUACACACCUGUUUUGUAAAGACUGCAACUCUUCUGCAAUGUACUUUUGCAAACCGCCCCACAGUGGGUGGCAUAUUCGAGAAGUGGGCGUAUUUUGGUACAAUAAUAUAUCCUGAUGCUGAUCUCUGUAGGUAGGUUUGCUUUCAUACAUUCCCUUAAAAAAUACAAUCUCUUGCUGGCUUUCUUUACAGUUUGAGUUCAACAUGGUAAUUCCAACAUAGGUUGACAGUUUAAACAAGAAGCCCUUUAACCCACUCCUUGACAAGCAUUUUUAAAGAAGAUUUUAUAGUAUGUUUAUAUGUUUGACCAAUACAAGGGUGAGGAUUCUGUGAUUUUAAGAGCUGUGCAGCUGCAAGCUGUAACCUAAUUAAGAAUAAAUGAAAUGACAAUAAUAAUAGUGAUAUUAGAUUGUUACAAAGAAUAAUAAUAUCAAAAGUAGGUUGAGUUUGUCCAGGUGAACGUAGUCUCCAUUUUGGUGACGUCCGCCAGUGUGACAACACAAUUUGUGCUUUGAACUAAAAAUCCAAAAAAAGUUUUCAGUCAUUAAUUGUAGUCCAUCGAGCAAGUUUAGUUAACAAAUAACAAAAAUCAUAAGAUAUACAGAAAUUUAGCACACAUGCAACAUUUGAGGGGUAGUUUGGUCCCAUCGUGGCAAUGCGGUUUUGAAUGUUCAAAACUAUGUGCCUAAAAUUGAAAUUAUCGUGACACAUCUAUUUUAGGUAUUUUGUCUGCAAGCUUGCUUUCAGUUUAUUGAUAUUUUUUGACCUUCACCUUCACAAUUCUGCAGUUAUCUCUUGUGGUAAAAUUGUAGAGCAGAGACUGAUGUGUUUUUUUUCUUUUCAUUUUGCUAGAUUUUUUUUGUUGUGUCCAAAGAUAGACAUUGAUUGAAAUUAUGCAUUAUGAAAAAUUAGCAACAUUGAGUUGUUGGAAUACGUUUUUUUAUUAGAAAGGGGAAAUUACAGAGAAUUUACUAGAAAGAGUCACCGAAGAAGGCUACAUCAUUGACUUAAAGCAGCACCAGGUGAUGAAAACUAUUAUUACAGUGCUGCCAUUCUUUAAAUAGGGUUCAAAGCCGGUCUGGUGAAAAUCUCAUUUUGCUUAUAAUAUUAUUAAUAUUAUGAGUCCCAUCAUUAUGAUGUAAGUGAUUGCCAUAUGUGUGUUCAGUUUAUUUCUUUCCUGAUUGUCUAAAAUGAAAAUUGGGAGUUAAAUUAAAAUGACAAGCUUUACUAAAUAAAUGCUUGUUAUUUAAUUUUACAAAUUAUUUUACAAAUUAUUUUCCAUAUUUCCAAAUGGUCCAGCAGAUACAAAUUUAUUAUGAAAUUCAUCACUAAGACUUCAGAUACACUGUAUGUUGUGUGACUCCCAUUUCUUUUUUUUCUUUAUAAAUCAACAGGAUAAGGAAAAUGACCUUUGCAAUUCCAACUAAACCCCACUGAACAGACUUGCAACACGGUUGGGUUCAGGCAGUUUAUUGUAGCAUAUAAUACUUAUUUACAUAAAAUGGUAGUACUAACUAAAUAUAACCUGGUUGAAAACCUAGGCCCAUAAAUCAACUUACAAGACACAAAUCAAGGAAAUCAUAACUGCCUGUGGAGUGGGUGGGUGGAAAAGCAAAUUGUAAUACAGCCGAAAAGACUUGUUGUCUCACUAUUGGCUUGUAAAGCUAAAUGCUAAUCAUACAUUCCUGGAGCGUGGCUAAAUAACUCUCUUAUCUUAGCGGCUGUCAUGCGGUCAUACGCGCCCUUCCGGCCGCAGGGAUGCUCGCGGUUGCCUUUCUCCCACGCUGGUUGUCCAUUCACGGGUCUAGAUUUAUAUUAAUAGGGAUUAAUAUCCACUGUACAAGUAAUUUUGAUAUUAAAGGAGUUAUGGAUCAGGUGCUUAAUGCAUGGCUGAAUGCUUUGGGGAUCCUCAUGAAGAAUAAAUACAUAAUGUAUGUGAAUUUGAUAAUUAGAAUAAUUAAUGCAUUGGCUGAUGUGCUUCGUUAUGAAAUUAGAAUUAAUCAUCACAAUCACAGCUGAUUGGAUUAAUUACAAUAAAUAUUGAUAUAUGUAUUUUGAUUCUUACAUGUACAGCUCUUUGUUUAAUCUAAGAGUUGUUACUUUUUUUCUUAAUCUCCUUCUCCCUAUGCAACACUUGCCUAUUCUCAUCACUCUUUCCUUUUCAUAAUUUGUCUACACAUUCCUUAAUUCUUUUCUCUUAAAGCCUGAAUUUGUGGCUUACACUAUGAUGACCGUUUGUUAACUAAUUGACUAGUAUGUAUGUCUGUGGGUGCUGUAAGUUUGAUUUGAUUUUUUGUUUCAGGUUUAGAGAACAAGACUGUGUUAUCAUAACACUUUCAAGUGUUACACAUGUAGCAAUAGUUCAGAGUCAGAUUAAAAGGUAAUUAUGCAUAAUCCGUUUUCCAAUCCAUGUUACUGAGCCUGAAACUUUCUUUUCUUCAUUUGUUAUUUAUCAUUGUAAGAGUGGAUUACUUUGUUGAAAAUGAGUAAUAAAUCCAACUCCUUCGAAAGUGAUCUACUGAAUUUCCAAAAAGGACCCGUUCCGUACAAAAGCUGAUUACAUCAUUUUGUUUACUAUAAUAACAUCUAACCUAUUAAGGGUAAAAGUGAUUUAUCUCUAAUCCAAUAAAAAAGUGGUUAAUAUGACAGCUCCUAGUAACGUAAUGACAAAAUACUAAAAACAAAACAAAAAAAAUGUCACACUAUAAUUUUCAGAAAAAUAAUAUUGACAUACUUGAUUUUUUUAAUAACUGCAAAUUGUGUCUCUGAGGACAUUAUUAUUGUUAUUAUUAUGACUCAAAUAUAUUGUUAUUGUGUGUGUAAGUUAUUUCAAUCAGAAUUUUUCCUAUUAAUUGUGUUGAAGAUACGCCUAGAAUGCCUGACACACGCCUCCCCAAGAGAGGGAAAUGGCAACAGGGUGGACAAAAGAGGCAAAGCACUAUAAGACUGUCUCAAAGCAUUGCUGUAAAUCUUUGAUAUAGAUGUUGAAACCUGGGAGACCUUGGCUCUAGACCAACCUGCCUGGCAUAGCAAAGUCAAUAAAGGCACUGUCCUUUUUUAGCUAAACAGGAUAACAGGGGCUCAGAGGAAGCGGGAGCUGUGCGAAUCCAAAGUGAUCUCCUUGACACCUGCUUAAGAAAAUCGCCAGUGUCUGGUAUGCGGCAGAGCCUUCUGCACAUGAUUGGAUUGACAAGCCACGGUGGGCAACACUGCACCUAAUACCUCUCUCAUGUGAUGUUCUUGGGCAUUGCUAAGAACAACGGACAAACAACAACAAAAACUGGAGUCACAUAACAAGGUAAUACAUUGGGUAUAAUGAUUGGACAGUAAUAGUUAUUCAUACUAGCUGAAGUACCAAAUUGGAAUCAUUGCAUGUGUGUUUGAUAAGCAUUGAAUUAAGAAAUGAAUUUAAUAUAAUGCAUUUUAAUUUGUGCUGUCAAUUAAGCAAGGUUUGUUAGUCUAUAUGUUGCAAGUAAUGUGGUAUUUCAGGUUGAUUUGUUUCAACCUAGGUCAAAAUAUAGUAUUAUUGAGCACUACACAUCUGCUUUAAAUCUAUUAGAGUAGUUUGAAUGAUAUUAAAAAGUUAACUGGGGGAAGAUAUGAAAGCUGUGAGUUUCCUCAGUUUGCUUCCAGGUGAUGUUUCUUGUAAAAAGAACACUCCUACAGCAGAAUUCAGUCUUGCAACCAGGGGCCUUACAACCAGUGGUCUUCCAACAAGGGGUUAUUUCAACCAGGGCUCUUACAACCAGGGGUUGUUACAACCGGGCAUCUUAUAACCAGGGGUUCUUACAACCGGGGACCUUAAAACCUGGGCCCAGUUAUUCGAAGGCUGAUUAGCCCUUAACCUGGGGUAUAAUUUAGCCAGGGUUUCUUUUUUUGUGUUCAAAAGCAUUUUCUCGCAUUAUUUUCUGUUAUAUUUAGAGUUGAAACUGAAAUGGUUUUCAAGCUUUCAAAUCUAAAUUCAAAUCUUGCACUAACCGUGGGUCAUCUUAACCCAGCUUUGAACAACUCGGCCCGGGGGUCUUACAACCAGGGGUUGUUACAACCAGGGGUCUUACAACCAGGAGUUCUUACAACCGAGGAUCUUACAACCAGGGGUCUUACAACCAGGGGUUCUUACAACCGGGGGUCUUACAACCGGUGCUUCUUACAACGAGGGGUCUUACAACCAGGGGUCUUACAAGCAGGGGUUCUUACAAGCAGGGGUUCUUACAACCAUUGGUCUUACAACCAGAGGUCUUACAACCAGGGGUUCUUACAACUGGGGGUCUUAAAAACGAGGGGUUUUAACAACCGGGGGUCUUAAGAGCAGGGGUUCAUACUACCAGGGGUCUUACAAACAGGAAUUCUUACAACCAGGGGUUCUUACAACUGGGAGUCUUACAACCAGGGGCCUUACAAGCAGGGGUCUUACAACCAGAGGUCCUAUAACCAGGGGCUGUUACAACCGGGCGUCUUAUAACCAGGGGUUCUUACGACCGGGCGUCUUACAACCAUAGGUUCUUACAACUGGGUGUCUUACAACUAGGGGUUCUUACAAGUGUGGGUCUUCCAACCAGGGGUUCUUACAACCAGUGUCUUGCGACUGGGGGUCUUACAACCAGGGGUUUUUACAACCAGGGGUUGUUACAACCGUCGGUCUUACAACCAGGGGUUCUUACAAUGGGGGGUCUUACAACCGGAGGUUUUACAACCAAGGGUUUUUACAACCAGGGGUUCUUACAACCAGGCAUCUUACGAUCAGAGGUUCUUACAACCGGGGGUCUUACAACCAAAGGUUCUUACAACCGGGAGUGUUACAACUACGGGUUUUUACAACCAGGGGCUCUUACAACCGGGGGUCUUAACACCAGAGGUUCUUACAACCUGCGGUUCUUACAAGCGUGGGUCUUUCAACCAGGGGUUCUUACAACCAGGGUCUUACAACCGUGGGUCUUACAACCAGGGGUUUUUACAACCAGGGAGUCUUACAACCAGGGGUCUUACAACUGGGGGUCUUAUAACCAGGGGUUCUUACAAUCGCGGGUCUUAAAACCAAGGGUUGUUACAACUGUUGGUCUUACAACGAGGGGUUUUUACAUCUGGGGUUCUUACAACCAGGGGUUUUACAAUGAGAGGUUCUUACAACUGGGGGUCUUACAAACGCGGGUCUUACAAGCAGGGCUUUUACAACCAGGGUUCUUACAAUUUGGGUCCAGUUGUUUGAAGGCCGAUUAGCGUUUAACCUGGGGAUAGAUUUAACCCGGGUUUCUUUUUUUUUGUGUUUAAAAGCAUUUUCUCGCAUUAUUUUCUGUUAUAUUUAGAGUUUUCAAUCGUCUCCUUGUAGACAAAAAGAAUUAAAACUGAAAUGGUUUUCAAGCUUUCAAAUCUAAAUUCAAAUCUUGCACUAACCGUGGGUCAUCUUAACCCAGCUUUGAACAACUCGGCCCGGGGGUCUUACAACCAGGGGUUGUUACAACCAGGGGUCUUACAACCAGGAGUUCUUACAACCGAGGGUCUUACAACCAGGGGUCUUACAACCAGGGGUUCUUACAACCGGGGGUCUUACAACCGGUGCUUCUUACAACGAGGGGUCUUACAACCAGGGGUCUUACAAGCAGGGGUUCUUACAAGCAGGGGUUCUUACAACCAUUGGUCUUACAACCAGAGGUCUUACAACCAGGGGUUCUUACAACUGGGGGUCUUAAAAACGAGGGGUUUUAACAACCGGGGGUCUUAAGAGCAGGGGUUCAUACUACCAGGGGUCUUACAAACAGGAAUUCUUACAACCAGGGGUUCUUACAACUGGGAGUCUUACAACCAGGGGUCUUACAACCAGAGGUCUUACAACCAGGGGCUGUUACAACCGGGCGUCUUAUAACCAGGGGUUCUUACGACCGGGCGUCUUACAACCAUAGGUUCUUACAACUGGGUGUCUUACAACUAGGGGUUCUUACAAGUGUGGGUCUUCCAACCAGGGGUUCUUACAACCAGUGUCUUGCGACUGGGGGUCUUACAACCAGGGGUUUUUACAACCAGGGACUCUUACAACCAGGGGUCUUAUAACCAGGGGGUCUUACAAUUGUGGGUCUUAAAACCAGGGGUUGUUACAACCGUCGGUCUUACAACCAGGGGUUCUUACAAUGGGGGGUCUUACAACCGGGGGUUUUACAACCAAGGGUUUUUACAACCAGGGGUUCUUACAACCAGGCAUCUUACGAUCAGAGGUUCUUACAACCGGGGGUCUUACAACCAAAGGUUCUUACAACCGGGAGUGUUACAACUACGGGUUUUUACAACCAGGGGCUCUUACAACCGGGGGUCUUAACACCAGAGGUUCUUACAACCUGCGGUUCUUACAAGCGUGGGUCUUUCAACCAGGGGUUCUUACAACCAGGGUCUUACAACCGUGGGUCUUACAACCAGGAGUUUUUACAACCAGGGAGUCUUACAACCAGGGGUCUUACAACUGAGGGUCUUAUAACCAGGGGUUCUUACAAUCGCGGGUCUUAAAACCAAGGGUUGUUACAACUGUUGGUCUUACAACGAGGGGUUUUUACAUCUGGGGUUCUUACAACCAGGGGUUUUACAAUGAGAGGUUCCUACAACUGGGGGUCUUACAAACGCGGGUCUUACAAGCAGGGCUUUUACAAACAGGGUUCUUACAAUUUGGGUCCAGUUGUUCGAAGGCCGAUUAGCGUUUAACCUGGGGAUAGAUUUAACCCGGGUUUCUUUUUUUUUGUGUUUAAAAGCAUUUUCUCCGAUAAUUUUUUCUGUUAUAUUUAGAGUUUUCAAUCAUCAACUUGUAGACAAAAAGAACUAAAACUGAAAUACUUUUUAAGCUUUCGAAUCUAAAUUCAAAUCUCGCACUAACCGUGGGUUAUCUUAACCCAGCUUUGAAUAACUCGGCCCAGGGGUCUUACAACCAGGGCUUGUUACAACCAUUGGUCUUACAACCAGGGAUUUUUACAACCAGGGGUUUUUACAACCAGGGGUCUUACAACCAGGGAUCUUACAACCUGGGGUUGUUACAACAAGGGUUCUUACAACCGGGGGUCCUACGACCAGGAGUUCUUACAACCGGGGUUAUUACAACCAGGGGUUCUUAUAACCUGGGGUUCUUUUAACCGUGGGUCUUCCAACCCACGGUUCUUACAACCGGGAGUCUUACAACCAGGGGUCUUACAACGAGGGGUCUUACAACCGGAGGUCGUACAACCGUGGGUCUUCAAACCAUGAGUUCUUACAACCGGGAGUCUUACAACCAGGAAUUCUUACAACCUGGGGUCUUACAACCACGGGUCUUACAAGCAGGGGUUCGUACAACUGGGGGUCUUACAACCAGGGGUUCUUACAACCAGGUGUUCUUACAACCAGGGGUCUUACAACCAGUGGUUUUUACAACCAGGGGUCUUACAACCAGCUGUUUUUACAAGCAGGGGUCUUACAAGCAGGGGUUCUUACAUCCGGGGUUCUUAAAACCAGAGGUUGUUACAACCAGGGGUCUUACAACCAGGGGUUCUUAGAACCUGGGGUCUUACAACCAGGCGUUCUUUCAACCAGGGGUCUUACAACCAGCGGUUUUUACAACCAGGGGUCUUACAGCCAGCGGUUUUUACAAGCAGGGGUCUUACAACCAGGGGUUCUUACAUCGGUCUUCUUACAACCAGGGGUUCUUACAACCAGGGGUUCUUACAUUACCAGGGGUCUUACAACCAGGGGUUCUUACGUCAGGGUGGCUUACAGCCAGGUGUUCUUACAACCAGGGGCUCUUACGGCCAGGGGUCUUACAACCAGGGGUUCUUACAACCAGGGGUUCUUAAAAACAGGGGUCUUACAACAAGCGGUUUUUACAACCAUGGAUCUUAUAACCAGUGGUUUUUCCAAGCAGGGGUUCUUACAACCACGGGUCUUACAACAAGCGGUUUUUACAACCAGGGGUCUUACAACCAGUGGUUUUUACAACCGGGGGUCUCACAACCAGCGGUUUACAACCAGCGGCUUACAAGCAGGGGUCUUAUAACCAGGGGUCUUAGAACCAGGGGUUCUUACAUCUUGGGGUCUUACAAGCGGAGGUUCUUACAACCAGGGCUCUUACAACCAGGGGUUCUUAAAACCACUGGUCUUACAACCAGGGUCUGACAACCAGUGCUUCUUACAACCAGGGGUCUUACAACCAGGGGUUCUUACAUCUGGGGGUCUUAGAACUAGGGGUUUUUACAACCAGGGGUCUUAAAAACAAAGGCUCUUUAUCAACCAGGGGUUCUUACAACCGGAGGUCUUAGAGGUUUUUAAAACCAGCGGUUCUUUACAACUGGGCGUUUUACAACCAGGGGUUGUUACAACAGUAUUAGGGGCCUUACAACCAGGGGUUCUUACAACCGGGUGUCUUACAACCAGGGUUCUUACAACCGGGUGUCUUAAAACCAGGGGUUCUUACCACGAGAGCUGAAGUGGUGUAUUUGAUUAAGGAGGAGGUAAAUAUUGUAACUCUACAUUUCCAAAAUUUGAAGUUUGAUUUUGAGUAUUUGCUUGGAUCAUGGUCUUCCUUGAAUAGGGUUUUUCUGUCAUAAGUGCAGUUCCUUAAAGCUGUUUUUAGUCAAUGAUUGCAGUCCAAGUAAAGAAGUGUUUUCACACUUUGUUAAUGAAUUAGAAUCAUCUCUUAUUUCAAAUUUUCCAUUUUUGCAUUAUAAUUUCACGUAAUUGAUUAUGGUAAGCCAAGCUGCUUUGCUGAUUUUACUUAACUUGAAAAUUUUAUAACCAUUAAGCUUUGUUCACUGAAAAACUUUGGAUCGCUUUCUUUCAGGAGAAAACUAACUCUAAUGCAUCAGCAAAGACCAAUGAUAGCUCCGCAAGGCCAUUAUCUGCACUG